AUGUGCACGGUCCGGAGUCGAAUCCACAAUAAUGCUAUAGAAGUCAGCCUUCCUCCUCUCAUCCAGAAUUCCUUGGAGAACUUUAUUCGAGACCACCUCGAUCAGCUCCUUCUGGAUCUUCCACGACAAGUGGGCUGCCAGCCUGGCAGCCCACCUGGCAGUGCCAGGCAAUCGUCGAACUAUGAUAGUAGUUCGACUGAGCCCAAGAAGUUCCCGUUGUUCGCUUCACCAAUACGCUCUUCGGAGCCACGAAAUGCAAGACUACGAGUAGCCAAGAAGAGAGUGAUUGCCAAGAGACCGAUCUCCCGCUGGAUAACCUCCUCCACCACUGAAUCAAUACGAGGCUGCUUCUCUUCUUCAUUCAAGAAGCUCUUCCAAUCCAAGUAG